AUGGCAGCUCUUACGCCUGCUCUCUCAAUUGCCCCUCUGGCUCCUGCGUUGGCCGCCAAGCCGACCAUGUCAGCUUCUCCCGGUCCGGGCACGCCCGGCUCCAUUACCUCCAAGGAAUGGGUCAUCCCCCCACGCCCUAAGCCUGGCCGCAAGCCCGCUACAGACACCCCCCCUACGAAACGCAAAGCGCAGAACCGGGCGGCACAGAGAGCUUUUCGAGAACGUCGGGCCGCUCGGGUUAAUGAGCUCGAGGAUGAUAUUAAGCGAAUCGAAGAUGAGCACGAUCUUCACGUGUCCCAGUUCAAGGACCAAAUAGCCGAACUGUCUCGCGAGGUCGAACAAUGCCGAAAUGAAAUCAACUGGUGGCGCGACCGUAGCCAUGCCUUGGAGAAGGAGGUUUCGGUGGAACGCAGUGCUAAGGAGGCUCUUGUCAAGGAGUUUCGAACCUCACUGUCGGAAAAGAAUACGGCCACCCCCGAUAGCGUGCCCUUGCCCCCACGCGCCUCAAGACGAAACACCACCGAUCGCCAGGUGAAUGCUAAGGAGACCAUGAGCAGUAACAGCCACGACGACGGACAGGAGGGUGUUCCCCUUGGGUGCAACAACUGCUCGUCGGCUCAUUGCCAGUGCAUCGAGGAUGCUUUUGGGAUGCCCGGCAUCGCAACGCGAGAGACAUCACACCAAAAGCGUGUGGAGCCGGAGAUAAAACCCGAGCCUGAAGAGAUGGAAAUCGAUUUUACCUCCCGGUUUGCGGCCGCCCAACCCCAUCAUGACGACGACGAUGACGUGAGCAUCAUCUCGUCUCCGGCCGUAGACCCAUGUGGUUUCUGCCAGGACGGCACUCCCUGUAUCUGUGCAGAGAUGGCUGCCCAGGAGGAACAGCAGCGUCGCAAGACUUCUUUUGAGAACAACCGUCUCGCCCCGAUCCAGAAUCUUUCUCAGUUCACCCCACCCCCAUCGGACGGCGAUGUUCGCUCUGAGGUCACCUUGCCACCGAUCAGCCAGGCCACUAACCCCUGUGCGAACGGUCCCGGGACCUGCGCGCAAUGUAUGGCAGACCCACGAAGGACCCUUUUUUGCAAGACGCUGGCAGCGUCGAGGUCUGCCAGCGGAACACCUUCUGGAGGAUGCUGCGGCGGUAAAGGCGCCGACGGCGGAUGCUGCAUGUCACGACCUAAACCCUCGAACGGUCCUACUAUGAACUCUUCCUCAUCUGCAUCUCCUUCUCUGACUCUCUCCUGCGCUGAUGCCUUCACGACCCUCUCUCGACACCCAAACUUCUCCCGCGCCAGCGAUGAGAUCUCAUCCUGGCUUCCUAAGCUUCACACACUGCCUAACCCACGCGAUCUGGCCCGUGAAGAGCGUCCUGCUGCCCGAGCGGCAAUGGAAGUCGAAGCUGCUAGCGUCAUGGGAGUCCUGCGAUACUUCGACCGAAGAUUCGCGGACAAAUAA